UCGCCAUUUUUGUUGCACAUCCAGAAGCCCACUCCCCCCCUCCCCCACGCAAAUGUAUCCAAUGCGUUGACGGUAGUGGGGCUUUCAUCACUUCAAUGUGGAACAACUGCCUCGGUGCUGGCGGGACAUAGCCUAAUAUGAAGAUGGCUUCACCGAGGACAAUAACCAUUGUGGCCCUUUCGUUUGCUCUGGGUCUAUUUUUUGUGUUUAUGGGAACCAUUAAACUCACCCCGAGGUUAAGCAAAGAUGCAUACAGUGAAAUGAAAAGGGCAUAUAAAAGCUAUGCCAAGGCAUUGCCUGGUUUAAAAAGGAUCGGCAUCAGCUCAGUGCUGCUUCGCAAGAUCAUCGGAUCCCUGGAGGUGGGCUGUGGCGUGGUCCUGACCCUUGUUCCGGGAAAACCCAAGGAUGUGGCUAACUUCUUGUUGCUGCUAGUGAUGCUGGCAGUGCUCUUCUUCCAUCAGCUGGUGGGAGACCCUCUGAAACGCUACGCCCACGCUUUAGUCUUUGGCAUUCUGCUCACCUGUCGGCUCCUCAUCGCUCGCCAGAGCGACGAGCGUCCCGAAAGGGAGGAGAGUCGAGAGGAACCACACAUCAAUGAGCAGGAAAAGAACAAGGUCAAGCAGUCUUAGUGCAUCACUUUGACUUAGGGCACACUUACAGGGAAGGUGGGAACGUUGCAGUUGGCCUAAUGCAGAUUUUUAGAGGGGAUGUCAGGUCACUAACAAGAAUAUCACAUUGCCCCUGGUCCUAUCCGGCGGGCUGACUGAUACAUCACUGGUUACACAUUCACCUACUCUUCUGCACUCUUGUUGUGAAUUCCAAAACUCUUUUCCCAUGUUGUCUAGUCAUACCAAUGGACAAUCAUAACUGUGGAAAAUGUAAUGGAAUUGUUUUACUGUCAUGCAAAAUCUUUUAUUAUUUUUUCUUGUGUGUAUUUAUUUGACAAUGAAGUGACUUCUGUUUUUAUUUUCUAAUCUGAUAUGUAUUUUUGUGAAUCAUGUUCAGUUAUCAAUUAUCUAUAGAUUCAAACAAUGUUUAAGCAUCCUUAACAUUAAUGAUAUAGGGAAAAUUAUACAAAUCAACCUUGUUAUAAAAUAUUUAACCAUGUUUCAUUUGGCAUAAUGAUAAGUAAAUUUAACAACAUGACAUAAAUUGGGAACGUAUAUUAUUAGGUACAAUAUCUUAAAGUUGAUCCUUAAUUUAGAAAAAAAACAUUGAAUAUCAUUUACAUUUUCUUAAAAUGAUAUGCAUCUCUAUGCAUGGGAUUAUCCAUGAUGCAUAAACUGAAAAUCGUAUAAUUACUCAUUUCAAUAUCCAAUGCUGAGUUGCUAUGUGUAUGACCGGAGGUGUUGUUUCUGUGACAUAGCCUAAGUCUAUAUUUUCCUUACAGAGAAUUGGAUGUUGCCUUUGAAAUAGUUAUUGUUUUUUUGUACUGUUAAUUGUUAAUCAAGUGUUAUGUUUACUUGUCACAGUUGUUUAAUUUUGGUCUGAAAAGCAUUCCUAUUACAAUUCUUCUUUUGGAAUGAGGUCUGAGUUGAAAUGUGUUUCAACAUCGACUCUUUCUGUCAAAUGAAAUUGGCAAAAUAAAAAAAUAACAAAUAGAA